UGAAAUAAAAGCCCAGGACGAGUUUCUGCACAUUUCCAUCGACUCAACCUCGGAGAGGACACCCGUUCUAAAGUUCGCGCACUCCCCAACAAUUCAACAUGUGUGACGAGGAAGGCAUGGCAGCCGUGGUUGUGGACAACGGGUCCGGAAUGAUCAGGGCUGGGUUCGCGGGGGAGGACGCUCCCAAGGCCGUGUUCCCUACCGUGGUCGCGCAGGACCUCGUCGGACAUGAGGCCAAGGCCCAGAUAGACACCCGGAAACUAACAUGCCCGAUCGAGCACGGCAUCAUCACCAACUGGGACGACAUGGAGAAGGUCUGGAGACACAUGUUCGACAAGGAGCUGCAGGUGUCUCCUGAGGAACACGGCGUGCUACUGACGGAAGCUCCGCUCAACCCCAAGGCUAACAGGGAGAAGACGACUCAGGUCAUGUUCGAGACCUUCAACACAGCUGGCCUGUUCCUGAGCAUCGGUGCGUCGCUGGCUCUGCGCUCUUCAGGCAAAACUACCGGGGUGGUCCUGGACUCCGGGCACGGAGUGACCCACGCUCUCUCCAUCUUCCACGGCUACGUUCUCCCCCACACCAUCCAUCGUGUGGACCGGGCCGGGAAUGACCUGACAGAAUAUCUGCAGAAGAUUCUUACAGAGAGAGGAUAUUCUUUCUCCACCGCAGGUGAAAGAGAAAUCGUUCGCGACAUCAAGGAAAAGCUGUCCUACAUCGCCAGGGACUUCGAAAGUGAGUUGGAUAAAGCUGCAAAAAGCACCGAGUUGGAGAGGAAUUACGAACUGCCUGACGGGCAGGUCAUCACUGUUGGUAACGAGAGGUUCCGCGGUCCCGAGGCUCUCUUUCAGCCCAGUUUUCUUGGAUUGGAGGCCGAGGGCAUCCAUCAGAAUGUGCAUUCCGCCAUCAUGAAAUCUGACGUUGAGAUACGCAAGGACCUGUGCGCCAACAUUGUCCUGGCUGGAGGGUCAACCGUGUUCCAGGGCCUGGGAGAACGCUUGGAGAAGGAGGUCGCCGCCCUUCCAUCAGGCCUGAAGGUCAAGGUCACGGCCUUGGGGAUGAACGCCGCGUGGAAGGGUGGGUCUUUAUUCUGCACGGCUGAGGAGUUCGGUGGGUGGGUCACCAAGGACGAGUAUGACGAGAUGGGGCCCGGCAUCGUCCAUCGCAAGUGUUACUGAGCGAUACACUACUACUAGCCCGGGCUGCGGUAAGCAGGUCCUGCCGUAGUAUAGCCUGGGUACCAUCCGGAAAGUAGUUCGCUCGGGCGUUCAUUAUAUACAAUAUGCAGUCACUUCUAGCUGUGACAUCCAUCAUAUACUACAUAUAUCGCUUCUCUGCUGUUCUGAAGAAGCGAACAUAGGAGCGAACUACUAUCCAGAUGGUACCCAGACUAACGGUAGC